UAUUGAAACACAUGAGCUAAUACAUCCUCUAUGGUCUUAUCUAUGUGGUGAACUGCUAGUUCUAUCGCCUCUCGCAUAUUGAUUUUGUUCUCUCUUCUCCUAACUCAAGCAGAUCCAGUAAGGAAGGUUCUUCUCUCUUUUUGCCGGUGAAAAGCCACAGUAAAGACUCCUCAAGAUGGAAAAAGGAUACCCCGGACAAGAAUCAGCUCCACCCUACCCUGGCCCUCCCAUGAACUAUGGAGGUGCAGCGCCCCCGCCUGGGUUGUACCCAUCCCCUAAUGCAGGACCCCCACCGAUUGGAUACCAAGGAGGUACAUCUACCACAGUGACUCACAUGGUGGUAACACCUGCCCUGCAAGAUGCCCCUGGACAAGCCAUGUGCCCCCACUGUCAGCAGACAGUGGUCACCCAGAUAGAGCGCACGGCAGGCCUGAUGACCUGGGCCAUCUGCGGAGGCCUCACCAUCUUUGGAUGUUUUCUCUGCUGCUGUAUACCAUUCUUUAUGGACUCCUGCAAAGAUGUGGAACAUCACUGUCCAAACUGCCACAAAGUCAUCUACGUUUACAAGCGACUAUAAAUCGCUCCAGAUUGGGGAUUCGAUGCUCAUCAUGACAUUUCAAGCAGUGAAUGUAUUUGACAAAGUAAACAUUGCAAAUGCUAAGGUC